AUCAGAAUGCACCCAUUGAACUCUUUUGAAUGUAAUACUGUAGUAAUAAUGAAACUCCAAGAUUCAAGACAUUGGGGUCACCACCAAAACUUGUUUCAGAGUCAUGGACCCAACAGUAGUACUAUAAUAAUCAUACUCUCAUAUGUCCUUACUAUAUUCCUUACUCUGUGCCUUCAACCUUCAAAGAACACACACAGAGAACUGUCCUCAAACCAACAACCCCUUCUCAGAUCUUACUAUGAUGUCUCACUCAUUUGUUAUGAUUGCAGCAUCACUGUUAUUUGUUAUAGCUCAAAGUGUUGUGGCAGUGAAUUCAGUUUCACAAGCUGAUAAGAUAAGCACUUUGCCAGGGCAGCCACCAGUCAAAUUCCAGCAAUAUGCAGGUUAUGUUACUGUGGAUGAGAAGCAGAACAGAGCUUUGUUUUACUACUUUGUUGAAGCAGAAGUGGAACCAGCUUCAAAGCCACUAGUUCUAUGGUUAAAUGGAGGGCCUGGUUGUUCUUCUGUUGGAGCUGGAGCUUUUGUUGAGCAUGGCCCUUUCAAACCAAGUGAAAAUGGACUUUUGAAAAAUGAAUUUAGCUGGAACAAAGAGGCAAAUGUGCUGUACUUGGAAUCACCAGCUGGUGUUGGUUUCUCCUACUCUGCCAACAAAUCUUUCUAUGACUAUGUGAAUGAUGAAAUGACAGCAAGGGACAAUCUUGUUUUCCUACAGCGUUGGUUCACUAAAUUCCCAAAGUUCAAAAACAAUGACUUCUUUAUCACAGGGGAAAGCUAUGCAGGUCACUAUGUACCCCAACUUGCACAACUCAUUGUUCAAACCGAGACCAGGUUCAAUCUCAAGGGAAUAGCAAUAGGGAAUCCUCUUCUAGAAUUUAACACGGAUUUCAACUCUAGAGCUGAGUUUUUCUGGUCCCAUGGCCUAAUAUCAGAUUCAACUUACGAAAUCAUCACCAAAGUAUGCAACUUUUCCCAAAUAAGGAGACAGCACCUAAGUGGGACACUUACCCCCCUUUGUUCAGGAAUACAUAGGCUAGUGUCAACGGAAGUUAGUAGAUAUAUUGANACAUAUGAUGUUACACUUGAUGUGUGUCUUUCAUCAGUAGAUCAACAGGCUUAUGUGCUGAAUCAAAUGACUCAACUGCAAGAGGGAGGAAAGAUAGAUGUUUGUGUGGAUGAUGAAACUACUUCAUAUUUGAAUAGGAAAGACGUGCAAAAAGCUCUUCACGCUAAGCUCGUAGGGAUCACUUCUUGGUCAAUUUGCAGCGAUAUUCUUAAAUAUGACAUGCAGAAUCUAGAGAUUCCAACAAUUUCUAUUCUAGGUGCACUUGCUAAGUCCGGUAUCAGGGUUCUGGUAUACAGUGGAGAUCAAGAUUCAGUGUUCUCAUUAAUUGGUACAAGAACCCUGGUAAAUGGACUGGCCAAGAACUUUGGACUUAACACAACAGUGUCCUACAGAACCUGGUUUGAGGGAAGACAGGUGGCUGGUUGGACACAAGUAUAUGGAGACAUCUUAUCAUUUGCCACUGUAAGAGGAGCUGCUCAUGAAGCUCCAUUUUCACAGCCAGAGAGAUCACUGGUGCUAUUGAAAGCAUUUUUAGAAGGAAAACCACUUCCACAACCAUUCUUUCAAAUAUAUGAAUGACAGAGGUGUUCUUAGCUCAAUAAGAAAAGCAUUCAAAACCCUCACAUAAACUCAUUAUUCUUAAUGGAUCAUCUUUCAAUUGUUGUCAACAUUCCUUCUAUCUUUCUCCAUUUUU